CACCGCUGCACCUUCGCCUGUCCCGUGCGAACAUCAGCCGACGACGAGCGCAUCGAUCCCCACGCUCAACCCCGACAUCGCCCAUCAUGGCGGAAAUUCCAAUCAAAGUCAAGCAUCAAGGCAAGGUCCAUGACCUUACUGUCGACCCCGCCUCAAAUGGAGAAGAGUUGAAGAUGCAACUAUAUUCUCUCACGAACGUCGAGCCAGAGAACCAAAAGAUCCUCGCAAAGAAGCUCGUCAAGGAUGACACGCCGUUGUCCACGCUCGGCCUCAAGCCUGGCGCUACCAUCACACUCGUUGGAAACCCAUCCGCAAGCGUUGUAUUCGAGGCACCAAAAGAGAAGAUGAAGUUUUCGGAGGACAUGACGGAAGCAGAGCUGGCAAGACAGGCUGGUGCGAUACCCGCGGGACUACAGAACAUGGGAAACACUUGCUAUGCAAACGCCACGCUGCAAACAUUGCGUGCUGUUCCUGAGCUGCUUGACGAGUUGAAGACAUACAAGCCUAGUGCGCCAGCUCCGGGUCCAUCUUCUUCUCUCUUCUCGGCAGACCAACUCGCGCAGCACGGUAUUGGAGGACUGGGUGGUGGCAACGACUUGACGUCUUCUUUGGGAGAGCUGUAUCGGCAGAUGAGCGAGACUCAGCAGGGCUUCCCGCCGCUCAUGUUCCUCACAACAUUACGACAGAAGUUUCCACAGUUCGCCGAGCGUGCAAAGAGUGGACACGGCUAUGCUCAGCAGGAUGCGGAAGAGGUCUGGUCUCAGGUAAUUUCCACUCUCAAUCAGACUCUCAAGCUGAAGGAGUCGGACGCCACCGAACUGGGCUUCAAGACUUGGGUGGAGAAGUACAUGGGAGGCAAGUUUGAGGUGAAGAUGACCUGCGAUGAGGCACCCGAGGAGGAAGCCGCCAUUAACAAUGAGGACUUCAACGACUUGAAGUGUAACAUCCAGGCCGAGACAAAUCACAUGCGAGAAGGCAUCAGUAUCGCCCUCAACGAGAAGAUCGAGAAGAACUCCCCCAGCCUGGGACGAAGUGCCAUCUACUCCCGUCAAUCGCGCAUAUCACGAUUGCCCAAGUACCUUCCCAUCCACUUCAUCCGCUUCUUCUGGCGCAAGGACACCGGCAAGAAGGCAAAGAUUCUCCGCAAGGUCACUUUCCAGCACGAGAUCGAUGUCACCGAGUUCUGCACCGAUGAGCUCCGUAAGAAGCUCAUUCCUGUGCGCGACAAGAUUCGCGAGGUGAGGAAGGACGCGGAGGACAUUGAGCGCGCGAAGAAGCGUCAGAAGAGGAUGCAGAAGGAGCAGGAGCAGAACGGAGACAGCAACGUGCGGUCUGAUGAGCCGCUUCAAAAGAAGAAGGAUAAGGAGCGGGAACGAGAGCUGAAGGCAAAGGGCCUAAAUGGCGAAGCGGAGCUGGCUGCCGAGAAGAAGACUGCGGGUGAAGACACUGCCAUGGGCGGCACGGAGGAGAAGUUCAAGACCGAUGAGGAGAUCGAGGCUGAGCGUGCCGCUUCCAUCCUCGCCGCGAAGAAGGACCUCCUCUCGCUUGUGCAUCCUGACAUGGCCAAGGAUUCCACCGCCAACCAGACAGGUCUGUACGAACUCCGAGCUCUGGUCACGCAUCAGGGUUCUUCGGCCGACUCCGGUCACUACACUGCCUAUGUGAAGAAGGCUGCCCCGGCGCCUGGCAAAGAGGAAGAUGGCAAGUGGUGGUGGUUCAACGACGACAAGGUGCAGGAGGUGGAGAGCGAGAAGAUUGAAACAUUGUCCGGUGGUGGAGAGACUCACAGUGCGCUGAUCUUGCUCUACCGGGCUGUGCCCUUGCCGACCAUCACAGAGGCCGAGCAGAAGGCGGCAUAG